UCCAAAACUACUUAUUAAUACCUUCAAAAAAAUCAACCGUUUCUUUUUGGUUCUCGUCUUCUACCGCCUCUUCUUCAUCUCCUCUACCCUCCCCCUAAACCAAAGCCUAAAUCAAAGAUUCAGAUUUUGAAACCCUAGCCCUAAUCGAUGUCAAUCCGAUUCAAGUUCAGAAGCUCAUUGGCGUUCGAGUCCGUCGACCUCGACGGCCGCCGCUCGAUUUCUGUUGGUGAGCUCCGGGCUAAGAUCAUUGCUCGGAAAAAGUUACAGCUCUGUAAAGACUUUGAUCUCAUUAUCUCUGAUGCUGAGACUGGCGCAGCUUUUGAGAAUGAGGAGAUUGAGCUAAGGGAAGGAUCGAGCGUUGUGGUCAAGAGAGUGCCUGCUGAGCUGUCCUCUCCAUGUGAUUUAAAUGUUGGGAAUGUCGCCAGAAAAGAUCGUGUAUAUGCAGAGAGGGUUGCGACAGUGCAUGCUCAGAAUGUUGAUAAAGAGAACUUUGAUGACUUUUGUGUGGAUUUAUUUCCCGUUCAUCAGGGAUCUUUACCGGAGUGUAAUGAUGCCAUUGGCAAUAUGAAUUUCACUGCCAAUAAAAAAGAUAAGCUUGUUACCAGAUUCUCUGAGGCACCUGUCCAAAGAUGUCAAAAUGUUGAAAGACCUUAUGUCAACAAGGCUAUGUCAAAAGAAGGUACCGGGGAUAAUUGUUUUGAAGAACCUGCUAAUGAAGAAAUUCAAAAGCAAAUUAAGUUGGGGUUGGAGAAAGAAGAACCCCAGAAAUUCGAUAAACAUGCUGGUAUGCCCUUGCCAAUGGCGUUUGACAUGGAUUUGCCAAUGGAAUUGAGGUGCUCCCUUUGUAAUGCAAUCUUCAAAGAUGCUGUUAUGAUCCCAUGCUGCCAACAUAGUUUUUGUGGAAAAUGUAUCCAAAUGGCAUUACUUGAGAGCGGGAGGUGCCCAAAGUGUUCUUCAAUGAAAUGCACUGUCGGGACCUUGCUGCCAAACUUAACCCUUCGACAGGCAAUCGAUCAUUUCCUUGAGGCAGAAGCAGCCAACAAUGCUUUGGAGAACAAAUUUCCUCGAGAUGUUCCGGAUGUUGAAUCAGGAAUUCAUGCGAAAGAAGUGUCUUUUGCCAUGUCUAUACGGAAAAAGGAACAAGGAUUACCACAUUCUCCUUCGGGAACAGGGAGAGAAUCCAAUCCGGUUAUGGCAAAAUCGGCAUAUGAAAUCACGGUUACUGGUGGCAUCGGAAAAUCAACCCCUUUGCAACUUAAUAUGAUAAAUAUGAAGGGGAAUGAAAACAGUUCAGAAGCAGCAUGUAAUCUAAUGGCUGGCUUUCAUGGCGUUCCCAGUUCGUCAAAGUUGCCUCAGAAUUUUCUUCAAGAUGAAGUUAACUUGGCUUGCCAGAAAAAUAAGGUUCUUGGUGUCACCAUCGUAGAUGGAGGUGGACCUUUUAUGCCGUCAAAUAGGAACAGAAAGGGUGAUCGAAAUUGUUUCAUGUGUGGGUCCCCUGAUCAUUUGAUUAGAGAUUGUCCAGCAGCUUCUAAUUCAUAUCCAUUUAAUCAGACAGGAGAUCCUGCAUUUGCUGGAGGCAUUCCAAUGUAUGGGCAGGCUUAUUGGCAUGGGAAUACAUUCCUCCGAACUAGGCCUUAUGCAAAUACGUAUGGUAGCCAGGAGAUGAUGCCUUUUGAUCCAACAAGGGCCCAACUUUCACCAGGUGGAGUUUCUCCCUUUAUGUCAUCAAUGUAUACUGGCAUGGCAGGACCCUAUGGAUUCAUGAGAACGGGAGGUGGACAGCCUACCAUGAUGCCUGAAGCAGAAAGACCCCUAAACCGUCAAACAUUUCUGGAGCCUUUGCAUGCCCAUCAAGGAAGAGAGCCAGGCCUUGAUCGCAUGCCUGAAGAUUGCUAUUACAAGGGAUUGCAAACGACCUUACAUAAGAGGAAGGAGCAUGCUGGUAGCUUCUUAGAUGAGGAGAGCCCAAAAGUUCAUAAGCAACACCAAGACAACAGACACUACGGCUCAUCACAUCGACAACCUGAUGAAGAGCAUUCUGUUGAACGUAAACAUGAAAGACACCAAUCAAUUUCUUGGAGAGAUCUACGGGCUCGACAUCCUGAGAAAUCAAAUUCUGACAGCUCCAAUCGACACAGUAGAGAUCGGAAGCGAAAUCACCAUGCAAUCUCCCUUGAGAAGCAAAGCGAAAGAAGAGGUCAUUGCACGACUGCAGGUAACAAAAAGGUCUCUGAAGAUGAGAAGGUUGAUGCAGGUCAUAAAAAGCACAGUCACAGGCAUCAUAAUCUCUCAGCAUCUAGAGAACAGAAGCAGUACCACAGGGAAAUAGAGGCCAGUCACAACUCCAGGCCCUCAAAGCAAAUCCCAAAGCUUAAAGUUGGCCACAAAGAUUAUGAAAGGCGGGAGCUGAUUGAGGGUUUGGAUGAUAAGUAUAGAGGAGGGUACUACCACAAACGCCAGAGAGGCCGGUAGUAACUCAAAGCUCUACUGUUUUAUGGAUUCGUGAAAUAUAUUUUCAAGAUUUGUUACAGACUGAUGGAAAUUUGGCUAUCUUAACUUCAUUUCUUCCGUUCUAACAUUUCCAUGAAUUGGUUUUGAGGCAUGGGAGAAAUCAUUAUCAAUGCUGUAAAACAUCAAGUUUUAUUGGCAUGAUCGAGGGAUUCCUGUGGUUGGCCGAGGUAUGCUCUCUGUAGCUGGAGUUUUUAGUAGUUAACUUGGUUCAGUUGAAUAUGGCUGAAGUUAUAAAUCUUAAGAGGGGGAAAUGGGUAUAAUUUAGGUUUUUAGCUGUCUUUUCACAAAUAAUGAAGUUAUGGGAACAGAGGUAU